GCUGCGCUCGGAGCUGCCGGGCCGGGGGCUGGAGCUACCAGGGCGGGUUCACGCCCCGGAGGCUGAGGGCUGGUGCUACUCGUGCUGUGCGCGUCGGACGGCGUAUACUCCCAGCCGGCCCCCGCGGCCCAGCGUUGCUGCCCACGGGAGUUUGGGACGAGCACAUCCCCUGUGCCCUAAAGGACUUCCUCCUUCGGGAAGGGAGAGAGAAAGCCUAGGGGGACGGGGAGAGAAGGGCCCGUUCUGCCUGUCGGGGUGGAGGCGCGGGAGAGCAGUGCCAUGCUCCUCUCCAUCCUGACCGCGCUCUGCCUGUGGCUGCGCCUGGCGCUGGGCGUGCGCGGCGCGCCGUGCGAGGCGGUGCGCAUCCCCAUGUGCCGGCACAUGCCCUGGAACAUCACGCGGAUGCCCAACCACCUGCACCACAGCACGCAGGAGAACGCCAUCCUGGCCAUCGAGCAGUACGAGGAGCUGGUGGACGUGAACUGCAGCGCCGUGCUGCGCUUCUUCCUCUGCGCCAUGUACGCGCCCAUCUGCACCCUGGAGUUCCUGCACGACCCCAUCAAGCCGUGCAAGUCGGUGUGCCAGCGCGCGCGUGACGACUGCGAGCCCCUCAUGAAGAUGUACAACCACAGCUGGCCCGAGAGCCUGGCCUGCGACGAGCUGCCUGUCUACGACCGGGGCGUGUGCAUCUCGCCCGAGGCCAUCGUCACUGACCUCCCGGAGGACGUUAAGUGGAUAGACAUCACUCCAGACAUGAUGGUACAGGAAAGGCCUCUUGACAUUGACUGUAAACGCCUAAGCCCUGACCGGUGCAAGUGCAAAAAGGUGAAGCCGACCCUGGCGACGUACCUGAGCAAAAACUACAGUUACGUCAUUCAUGCCAAAAUAAAAGCUGUGCAGAGGAGUGGCUGUAAUGAAGUAACUACAGUAGUGGAUGUGAAAGAGAUCUUCAAGUCCUCAUCACCCAUCCCUCGAACUCAAGUCCCACUCAUUACGAAUUCAUCCUGCCAGUGUCCUCACAUCCUGCCCCACCAAGAUGUUCUCAUCAUGUGUUAUGAGUGGCGCUCACGGAUGAUGCUUCUUGAAAAUUGUUUAGUUGAAAAAUGGAGAGAUCAACUUAGUAAAAGAUCCAUACAGUGGGAAGAGAGGCUGCAGGAACAACAGAGGACAAUCCAGGACAAGAAGCGCACAGCGGGGCGCACCAGCCGCAGUAACGCCCCGAAACCCAAGGGCAAGCCGCCUGCCCCCAAACCAGCCAGCCCCAAGAAGAACAUUAAAGCUAGGAGUGCUCCAAAGAGAACAAACCCAAAACGAGUGUGAGCUAACUGCUUUCCAAAAUGGGGACUUCCUCUCAGGGUGAGGCCAGGCAUUACCCACGCAGCCUGUAGAAGGCCGUACACCCCUUGCCUUGACAACUGCAGUCCUUUUCAUAGACACGUCUUGCAGCAUUUUUCUUAAUGAUAUGCUUCAAUUUUUCUUUUUAAGUCACUACAAGCCAUAGUGGUAGGUAUGCCUUUUGGUAUGGAAGGUAUAUGAAAGCUGGUCGAAAGAGCUUAUUGAGUUGAGAAUAAACCAUGUGCAUACUCUGCGGGAGCUCCACGUGGGGAAAGAUGCUUUUGUUCUUACAAUUUGACCUAAUAUGUGCAUUGUAAAGUAAAUGCCGUACUACAAACAAAACACCCAAUUUUUUUUAACGAUAUGUUUUAUUUCAGUUGGUUGUUAGGAUGUUAGCGAUUUUUAAAAAUGUGAUUGAAAAUGUAAUGCUUCUAAGGAGGAAAUCAAGAGGAAUGAAUGUCUAAAAGAUCUUAUGUGUUUACUGUUAGCAGAAGAAUUUUUGUGAUGAAAGGGGAUUUUUGAACAAUCUAGAAAAGUAGGAUAUGGAAAAUUGUAAUGAGUUUGGUUUUUGGUUCUUUGUUUUUACGAAGAAGUCUUUCUGCUCUGUUUUUAGCUAGAAGCUCUAAAAACGAAAACAA